AGCCAAAACGUUAGCAGACAAACGUUUCUAGGCGCGCUUUUCUCUAUUUCUUCUAUCUCCACCAAAUUCAAAAUCAUUUCUUCAAUUUCUUAAUCAAAAACCACGCAGAUCUAGCCGCCCGUCCGAACCCUAGUCCCCAAAUCCUCUCGAUCUUAUUCCCAAAACCUUCCAAUCUUCUUCGCAUCGGCCAUUUUCUCCAUUCUAGUGCAAAGAUUCUUCCUUUCCCGUCCUCGUCUGUUCUGCCCAUGAGCCAGAUUUUUGGGUUCUCGGAAAAGCGUCAGAGUUGAAAAGUUCUUGUUUUUCGAAUUGGGUUUGAAGGAUUUUACGUAAUGGAGAAUCAACGCGAAUCGGAAGCCAAUUUGGACCGGUCUGUACUGAUGCCUAAAUCCGAUUAUCAGACGGUGGGUGAGAAGCGGGGCAGCGCAGAAUCCGGAUAUGAACAACAGCGUAGUCCUCGGAAGCGAGUCAAAAUGCGAGAUCUUGAAUCCGUGUGUCGCUCCGACGAAACCAACUCCCAUUUACUCAAAACUAUGAAGAACAAAGAAUGUAGUGCUGAACAUGAGUUUGAUCAAAAGGAUAAGUCUCAACUUACUGAAGUCCGUGUAGGGUUGGAUUCAGAUGCUUCCCAUGCAGAAAAGAUUGGAAAGAAGACAUUUCCAGGGGUGGCUGAUUCUCCCCCUAGACCGCUGGAUCUCAACACAGAAAUGUGCAUUCCCAAAGAAAAGGUUCAUGACGAUAGCCAGGAAUGUUCAAAGAGUUCCGACAAAAGGGAACAGUAUACUGAAUUUGUAACUUCAAGGGGUAUUGGACUCGAUCUCAAUUCAGAAGAUGUUUUCAGUUCAAUGAACCAAGAUCCAUUUUUCCCUUACAAAAGUCACAGUCAGUCGAAACCAAGAGACAUCUCUGAGUGUGCGAGCUCGACUGGCCCACUGGAAGAGAACGAUCCGAUGAGAGUUUGGAAGGAGAUGAAGCAAAAUGGUUUCCUCUCAUCCACGCAUGGAGGCGUACCAAUUCCAAAGCAACGUGGAAGGAAAAGUAAAAGUGAUGUGCUCAAGAAAAAGAUGGAGAUUGCAAAGAGAGAGCAGGUUGACAGGUUUACAAAGAUAGCUGCUCCAAGUGGACUGCUCAAUGAGUUGAAUCCUGGGAUUAUCAACCAUGUGAGGAACAGAAAACAGGUACAUUCGAUAAUUGAGGCCCUUGUAAGGUCUGAGAGACACGAAAGCAACCAAGUGGGAAACAAACAAACAAGCCAUACAAAAAGUGGAACUACAGAAAUUUGCAAUCGCAAGGACCAGGAGAACUUGAAUGAUUCUGCUAUACAGGGAGUUAGUUCGUCUCACGAAGACAGGCCACCAAACACAGUCUCGUGGGUGAGGCAAGUAAGAGGGUACCCUCCGUCACUAAUUAAGUGUCCUGUGAUUCUUGAGGGAAAAGGUGUAGAAAUUGACCAAACCACAAUAGAAAGGUUUUCGCUUAAAACCGGUGCUUCAGAAUCUACCCUUGUAAAUGAGGAAGAUGCAUUAGCAUUGAAGUUGUCAUCAUCAACUAAGACGUCUGAGAACGAGAGCUCUCUCUCUAAUGAGGAUUCGGCAUCAUAUCUUUCAGUCAAGGCCGCUACCGUUGCUUCUCAAUGGUUGGAACUUCUUCAACAAGAUAUUAAAGGACGUCUUUCAGCGCUACGACGCAGUAAGAAGAGAGUUCGAGCAGUAAUCAGUACAGAGUUGCCUUUCUUGUUAUCAAAGGAGUUUUCAUAUGAUCAGGAGAAUGAUCCCUAUGCAAUGAAAACUUCAGCAGAUGGGUUUUCUAACCGUGCAACUGCAGAAAUGCAUCGAGCAAGAUGGAGCAGACUGUUUGAUCAAAUGGAUAAAUCACUUUCUGAAGAAGAGAAACAACUGGAAAGUUGGUUGAACCAAGUAAAGGAGAUGCAAAUGCAUUGUGAGCAGGGUUUGCAACACAUGCACUGGAAUACACCGUUUGGCAUUCAACACUUGGGAACGUCUGACAGUGACUUCAGAUCACAGAAAAUGGACAGCUCAGAAAGAGAAUUGGCCGUCAGGGCUGCUGCAGCUUCCAUUUAUUCAACAUGCAACUUCCUUUUGACUGAAAAUAUAUCCUGUUUCUGAUUGUCAUUACCUAGACUUCCUUUUCAAUCCGUCUAAUUGAGGGCUUCUUUCCCUCCCCUGUUAACUAACAGUGAGCAAAUUGCUGAUUAGGCUUCUCAAAUGGUAAGGCAUUGUUGAUUACUGUUUGUACCAUUAGACUGAAAGUUAUAAAUUUUCAAAUUUACUUGCCAGCCUUUAUUGGAAUAGCCGACUGUUCUUGAUAUGUAACUGUUGAAUCAAUGGUGAUUAUUU